CGGUUGUUCAUAACAGAACGCAAAUGACCACAAAACGAUUUCAAUUCCUAAUCAAAUCAAAACAUGGACCUUUUCGUGAACCAUUGCCGACUGUGCCGGGCGGAGAACUCUCCGACAGAAAGCUGGCCACUGCUGAUUGAAUCUGGUGACGAGCACCUGCUGGAGAAGAUCCAAGCCUGCACCGGAGUACAGAUUCGGGAGGACGAUGGCUUACCACGACGAAUCUGCCAGCGCUGUGAAGCAUCGCUGGACCAGGCCAACAGCUUCCGGGUUCAGUGUCAGGAAGCGGACGCUUGGUGGAGGUUUAAUUUCGAGGAAAGCGUCUUCAAGCCUGAUUCGAUUACAUUGGUCUUUGUUAAACCGGAAGUAGAAGACGAGCAAGGAGAGGAGAACGACAGCAGUGAACAUCCAGUGGAGACGGUUCUCAAGGAGGAGCCGUUGAUGUUUGAAGAUUCCGAUUACGAACAAGCAAAGGAGGAGCCAAGCUCGGAUGAAUGGGAGGCCGUCUCGAAGCGGAAGAAGGCAAAACCAAAGAAGAAAAGUGCAAAAGAAUUCCGGUGCGAUGUUUGCUCUAGGCAGUUAGCCAACAAGCAAAACCUCGAAGAGCACAUGAGCCUACACAGCGGAGUCCAGAACUUUGAGUGUUCGGAGUGCGACAGCAAAUUCUUCUGUGCAGCUGGUCUUAAACGGCACGUGGACAGGAAACACCCGGAUCACCAGCCAUUUCAAUGUGACAAAUGUGACCGAAAGUACACAAAGAAAUCUCAUCUCUUGGAGCACCAAAAUACACAUUCGGAUGCGAGACCGUACAGCUGCAAACUCUGUCCCAUGGCGUUUAAGACCAAAACCAAUCUAAACGGUCACAUGCGAUGGGUACACCAACCGGAGGAGGUCAGGGAAGAGUUGAAGAGGAAAAGCGAACGGAUUUGCGUAUGUUCCUACUGCGGCAAGAUUUCCAAGUCGGUCACUACUCACAAGAAGCAUCUGAUAACUCACACAGGAGAGAAGAACUACGAGUGCCAGAUCUGCAACAAACGGUUCACCGCGCUGUGGUCCCACCGCAAGCACAUGCUUAUCCAUACGGACGAACGACCGCACCAGUGCGAGUUCUGUCAGAAGGCGUUCCGUGCGAAACAUCAUCUGACAACGCACAUUCGAGGAGUGCAUACUAACGAGCGGCCCUACCAGUGUCGGUUCUGUCCGAAGGCGUUCGUAACCAAGCAGAGCAUGCAGUUCCACGAGAAGACGCACGGCGAACCAGUGUCUGGACUAAGCGGGUGUUAAUAAAAUUGCUGAAUCAGUUGUUAA